UGUUGCGAAUAGCUGACAACCGUUUGUUUUGAUGAAUUAUUAGCUCRAUUCACAGAAAAAGAAAUCAAUUAAGUUAAAGUUUGUUUGAUUURAUAAAUGAUAAUAGAUGUCUUUGUUGAGAAAAGCUGUUAAGAUUUCUAAAGAUCUUCAGGGAAGCAAGCUUUCAGCUUUGAAAGAUGAGAUUCAAGGAAUUUCUUCCCAGGUUGAUGAAUUUUAUCAACAUGUGUUGAGCAACUCAAUAUCAUCUCCAGAAAGGUCAAGAAAUUUCAAAAAAUGUACAAGGUUGAAAGCACAGAUAGAUUCUCUGUCAAACCAAUUAAAUCAGCUUGCCAAGGAUAAUGAAAKCAGUCCCCCUGAUGAUUUUGAAUCACAAAAAAAGAUAGAGAAACAAAAGUUACWGGAUUUGAAGUCUCAAGUUGAGAAAAUUUCCAAUCAACUGGAACCAGAUGAAGUUGAAGAGGAGUACUUCAGGAAGAUAAAGCAGAAUGAAGUWCCAGGAAGUGGGAGUGAAUUAACUGAAGAUGAUGACGAUGCGGACCAUGAUGAAGCARAUKAUGAAGAUGAAAAAUAUCUCAAAAAURAUGAAAAUGAAAGUGAUGAAGAAGAUGAAGAAAGUGAAGAAGAUACCUGGACAGAACAAAAUGAUAGAACUAUUGUGGUAAAACAUGUUCAAGCUUUAAGCGACUUCCCUGGUGAACAGCCUGAUGACUUGGCCUUUAGAAAAGGUGAAAUCUUGACAGUUAUUGACCCUAGGGAAGACGGUUGGUGGGUUGCAGAGAAUUCUUCAGGGAAAAAGGGAAUUAUACCAAAGACACUUAUCAAGAUUAUUGAUGAUCCCAGCAACCCUCCAGAACCAACAAAAGAACAGUCAAAUCAGCAGUCAAAAGAAGAAGAUGACCAUCUUGGUGAGCUUCCUAGUCCAAGGAGAAGUGGGAAGGAUCUUUGGAAAUCGCUUCAAAGAGGAUCCAAACAAGAGACAAGUGUAACAGACGUACUCAAAGCUCUUGGCGCCAUGCCAUCUGGAUUUCGAUCUACAACACUUGGMAAGAUGGCGAAGGAUGAACGAUUCCAUGCUAGYUCGUGGGUUGUUCCUAAACUCAGACCAUCUCAUCUGGGCUUCAAAGAUUUAGUUUGGGACCCUGUACAUAAACAGCUCUCUCCACGACCAGUCAAGAUAAAUCGUGUAUUCUCAAUUGUGUCAGCUCGAAAGAUUCCUCUUCCUGGAACUGGUAUCGAAGUAUUAAGUAGACAAGUGAGAAUGUCGCUGUGGGACUGGAAACGAAAACAAGUAAGUCACCUGCGUGUUCGUUCACUCCUUCCUUCUUCAUCCAGUUAUUCAUUCAUCUUUCAUCUAUUCAUUUAA